AAUUCAUUUACCUAUGUAACAUCUUCGCACGACAUAGUCUACGUUCAGAUUCAUAAAUGAACAGUCUUGUGUGACUGUGAACACAUGUGAAGUCGUAACUUGCUAUUGCUUGAACCUGACAAUAAUAAAAAAGUAUAGUAUUGUCAUAGAUAAAAAUAAUUGGCGGGAAAUAUUUGCAAGUACUUUUUUUUAAUUUAUCUUCAAGGCCAAGAAAUGUUAUUUAAAUUUUAACGAUUCAAAUUAUUAAUUUCAAAGUAAUUCUUAAAAGUUUAUGUUUAAAAUUCAAACCACGGAAUUACAAGGCUUCACGUCUUAAGAAAUAUCGGAGUGCGUUAAUUUAUUUUAAAUACAUAAAUAAUAAUUUACAUAAGUACUUUGGCAGAUUUAUAGACGUUCAUGUUUACAAAUUAAUUGUAAACAACAAAAUGAAAAUUACAACUGGAUUAUUCGCGGUCCUGAUGAUAGUGACGACGGUGUGCUGUCAGCAACAGGAAGCCAUCAUCAGGAAUGACUUUGAGGGUCCCAACCCUGAUGGCACCUAUAAAUGGGCGUUACAAACUGAAGGCGGAAUAUACCAUGAACAGCGCGGCUCAGUGCAGUCCAGCGGCAGCGAACCCAGCCUUCUGGUGGAAGGCCAGUACCAAUAUACAGCGCCUGAUGGCCAGAUAAUAAAUGUGCUAUACAGAGCUGACGAGAAUGGUUUCCAAGCCCAGGGUGAUCAUCUGCCAACGCCACCGCCCAUACCAGCGGCGAUACAGCGAGCCCUCGACUACAUAGCUUCACUAACGCCAUCUAUUGACAAUCAAUAUAAGUAACAUUAUAACUGACAAGAAUUUCUAUUUGACAUUUAAUAAUAAUAAUUAAAACUGGACAUAUUACAAAACUACAUCUAGUCUUAAAGUAAGCAGAUCUUGUAAAAAAAAACAUACCUAAAUUCAAAUUCGAUUUUUUUUUAUAUAUUUAUUCUUUAUUGUACACAAAAAAUUACAACAUAUAAUAUAUAUAAAAUAAAGAUGUACAACAGGCGAGCUUAACUCUGUAAGAGUUCUCUUCCAGCAAACCCUGAGUGGAAAGGAGCAUUAAUUAUUAGCGGGCAGUGUGCGUACAAUAAUAGAAGGAAACAAUAUAGAUGUUUCUAUUAAAAAAUAUGAAAUAUGUUGACAUAUAUAAGUAACUCAUACAAUUAAAAUCAAAAUUAAUACAUAUCUGUAUACAAUAAUACAUAUAAUAUCUUUAUUUCUUUUAUUAAUUUGUACAUAAAUAUAUAUUUUAUAACAACAAUAUUGUUGUUAUUACUUUAAAAUUAAUUCUAAAUUCAAAUUGAAAAAAAUGGCCAUCUGAUUUGGGUAAGUUUAAGUCAAAUUACUUGCAACACUAAAAAUGGCGCGCUUUGUUUUUCUUUCAAGAUAUUAGGCAAAAGUUAAUGUUGGUAUACUGAUUUUUAACUAGUUUUUAAGACUCGAUUGUUCAAAUACAUCUAUUCUAUAUAGUUUUUUUUUACUCAGUUUACAUAAGACUUAUUUCAAUUACGACAUAAAGCCUAUAUAACAGUACAAAAUAGUUGUAGUAAAAUGUUUAAUGAUUUAACGUACUGCAAAUAAAGUUAAAUUGAAAAUAUUUUUUAUUUUUAUUUUUUAUUCGUAUUUGCUGACGCUGCAGCACGAGGCAGGACUAUGUGACGACUUGAAAACGCAAUCUUGCUACACACUUCCAACAGUAACUUUAAUUAUAAUUAGAUAUAGGAAUUUUAUAUUGUAACUUUUAUUAAUAGAAUUUAAUUAGUUUUAAUAAAAUUUCUUUCUUUUUUUUUUUAGCUCUCUGGUUGUCGUCCUCUUGUUACGUUGUAAAUAAGUUCAGUCUUUUAAAAAAUAAAGCAUACGCAAAGCAAGACAAAACAAUACUUCCGAUCUGGGGGGAAAGGGAUUGCUAGUAAUGGAGACUGAGAAUCCUAUUGCUAGCAAUAUACCAAACCAGGUCGACCUCCUCGCGGUUGCCCCUGGAAACUAUCAUGGUUAAUUCCUGAUGAAUUCAUCAUGAUGAGCUAACUGGCCUGUUUUCAUUCUCAUCAAUCACCCUUCACUGGUGCUCCGCCAGCGUAUCCCGUUAGCGCAGGCGGGGUUACCGUACCAUUUUCACCUAUCAAAUAAAAAACUUCCGAUCUUGCUCACA